AUGGAUGUGUGUGACAAUCAAAGGUUAUAUCAUGAAAUUGCAAUAAAUCAAUUCAGUUCAAUUGAAUCUAUAAGAUUAGUUGGCAUGAAUUACAUUAACAAUUUAAGUAAAGUUAAGUUAGUUAUAAUUAGAGAAAAGAAUAUUUCGGUUUGGGUCGAUGCUGUAGAUACCAAACCAUAUCCAUCAAAGGCCGAUGAGGCAUCGUGUCCACCAUGUAUUAGAAGCAUGGGUAAAGGUCCCUGCGGUGACCUUAUCAUCGAAGCAUUCGUUUGUUUCCAAAAAGAGACCGAAAAUCGUGAUGUUUGUACAGAGAACUUUACAAAGCUUAGAAGUUGUAUGUUAAAUUACCCUAUUAGAUAUUAUGAUGCUUUAUUCCCAAGAGCAGAUAAAAAAGAAACAAAGGAUACAGCAGGUGAAAAUUAG